GUCUCGGCCUAACGGCCUGAUGAUGACGAUGGACGUGUCGAAAACAGAAACUGCGAAGACAACUUCAGGACAGGGUUCCCAAGAAUGCGCCGGCUGCCUGAAACCAAUUACGGAGCGGUUCCUACUCAAAGCCCUUGACAUGUUUUGGCACGAAGACUGUCUUAAAUGUGGUUGUUGUGAUUGUAGACUCGGUGAGGUCGGUUCGACCUUGUAUACUAAGGCUAAUUUAAUUCUGUGUAAACGAGACUAUUUGAGACUUUUUGGUAAUACGGGAUAUUGUGCGGCUUGUUCGAAAGUUAUACCUGCCUUCGAGAUGGUUAUGAGGGCUAGAAGUAACGUUUACCAUUUAGAAUGCUUUGCUUGCCAACAAUGUAAUCAUAGAUUUUGUGUGGGAGAUCGAUUUUAUUUAUGCGAAAAUAAAAUCCUCUGUGAAUACGACUACGAGGAACGUCUAGUUUUUGCAAAUAUGGCCUACAACCCACCGCCGCUUUCUCAUCUGAAACGCCAGACGUCGAUUCCACCUGUAUCUCUUCCAAACCAUCUUAUAAACGGACAUCGUCCACCAGUACCGUCAAAUGGCGACCACAACAACAACAUGUCCGGUUCCGGUCAGCCCCCUCCUAGUUCGAUAGCGAAUCAAAGUUUUCAAAACGUUGGCCAUUUAAAGAACGGUUCUCUUUCGUUGGGAGCCGCCAGCUGAAAGUAUUAAUACUGUGAUUAAAUGUUUUUAUUUUGUUUGGUUAUAUUAAGUAAAAAUCGAAUAAACCAAUGUUAAACAAAUCAAAAAAGCAAAAUUUUAACUUCUUAUCUUGGAUAUUCGUUUAAAUAAUAAUACCAAUUUUAAAUUUCUUGAGUAAUUAACAAUUUUAAAUUCAGUUGUAAUAUUUUUUAGUAACUUUAAAGCGAACCAAUAAUUUUAUGCAAUAUUUUUUUGUGGUGGCUUUAAGGUAGAAUAUUUUUGCCUUUCAGAUAGUGACACUCUUUUCUGAUGUUCUAGUAGACUCUAGAUAAAUGGUAUUAUUGAUGCUAAAAAUUCAACACAUUACCAAACGUGGAUAGUCCCUAAUUAGUCGAGGCAUUGAAGCACAAAAAAAAGCCUUACUGUCGAUUGUUGGCGCAGUAAGACGGAUUUUAAUGCAGUUUGGUGCGUUGGAUUCGUGAG